AGCGGCACCGGAGCGGUUGCUCUUUGCGAGGAGGUCUGUAGGGAGCCGGGCGCUGGAUAGAGCAAGCUGGAGCAUCAGGAUAGCUGAUCUGUUCGCUUGAAAAAGUCCUUAAGGUAAAACCCGAGAGCAGCCACUCCUCAUCUGGGCUGCCCUUUGGAGACCAGGCACGGGGCUCGCUGCUGUUGUGGACAUCGUCUCUGACCAUGGUUUUGUUCUUAAAAGGAAUCAAUCAGGAGAUGUCGGCAACACAAGUUGCUGAGAGCGCGGCUGGGAGCUGCUUGCUGCCUGCUCUGACACGCACUGUGAGCAGCUGAACUUUGUGGGGUUUGAACAUACAUUUCUCCUCUGCGGACACUUCAGGCAGCACUACGGGAGAGGAGAGGCACGGCACCGCACACCUUGCGCCUGCUGGUACCCACACUGAGCUUGGGGGAUGGCAAAGAGGGAUUUCUGCCUCUCCAAGGACCAUCACCUGUGAAAAGAGGCUGGAGAAGGGUGAUUUAUCUUUGUUUUCCAGAUGACUGAAAAUAGCUACAGGAUCCUGCCUCUCUGCUUUUCAUCAGUGAGUAGCAUCUGGGGGAGAUGGCUGAGGGACAAAAAUGGUAUCGCUCAAAAUCAUUCUAGCACCUACUUUUUUCCAAAGAACUUCAUGUCCAUAGGGGUUUGCCGCGGACAUUUCCAGGGGUGAGGACCAACAUACCACAGAUACAUCCCUACUGGAUCAUGUAAGAAUUCGCAAAUGAGAAACUGACCCCAGCAAGACCUUCUCUGCCCAGCUUGCAGUACAUGGUUUGGUGUAAGCACGGCAAUUCUCGCCUCUUUCUUUCCCUUUUAAAUCUCUUGGGCUUGGAGACCUCUCUCCCCAUUGCAAUUAUGAUCAUUUGCAACAUCAGUGCCAUCAAAGAUUGGAGCACUUUCCUCUCCCAGAUCCUUCCCAGCGUUAACAAGACUCUGAACUUGGUACAGCAAGUGGAAGCCACCACCAGCUCGGUAGUAAGUGUCCUGCAGGACCCUGAGCAGGACAGCUACCUGUCCAACAGCCAGUCCAUGAACUCCAGCAACUUCACGGCUGGCCUGGACCACUUGUUCCAGUACUCGUACUCAGACAAUGACCAGCUCUACAAGGAGUAUAAGCCCCCUCCUCGAGAUGCCAUUCCUCUGCCCAAAGCUGUCCUCUACCUUCUCAUGGCAGCCCUGGUGGUGGUGGCAGUGGCGUAUGCCAUCGUCGGGCAUCUCAUCAAGGACCUCAUUCAUGACUUUAUAGACUGGAUCUUUGGCCCCAGCCCGGAUGACAACAGCAACAAGAGCGACGUCAACUGCAUCAGCAACAGCGUCAAUGAGAUGAGUGAGAUGCCCGAGGUGCCACGGCGCCGGGACCGCCAGCCCCAGGACGUGGUCAUCACCAUCGGCGAGACCUGCCACUUACCACAACAGACGUGAUGGGCACGGUGGCUGGGCCAGGUGGGAUGGAGCAGCAGGAAUGGAGCGGAGCGAUGGAGCAGCAGGAAGAUGCAGUGGGACUGCAGCAGCCACCAUGCAGGACUGGGCAAAGAGAGGAAGGGAAGGGCAGAAGGCACCACAGAGCAAAGCCCUUCUCGCCCUGGUUUUGCCAGCCUCUAAGGACUUUGCUGGGGUGGGUGGCAUUCCCCUUCUUCCAAGCACGUCAGUCCUGCCCUGAUGUCUGCCCAUGGGUUCAUGACCUCCCUUUCUUCCCUGUGAAUAGCAAAAAAGAAAGGCAAAUGCAAAAUACACCCACCAACAAGAGGAAUGAGCCAGAGAGGAGCCAGGCGGUCCUUUGGUGUGCGGCUGCCCUGCAGCACAGGGAUGGAUGGUGAAAAGGGCAAGGGCGACAAAAAGGCAGCAUGAGAAACGGGGGUGUCUGUUUCUGGGGAGAAGCCCAGGACACAGCAGGGAGCUGGGGCUGCAGCAUGAGUUGGGGGCUGCAGAAAGGCACUGGAAGGUCAGUAGGAGCCAAAUCCAACCCGGUACAUCGAUGAUCUGCACAGGCCAUCAUUCCACCCCUUAGCUUUGCAGCUCUGCUGGGUGCCUUCCUCCUCCCUGCCAGGGCACUGCCACCCAGAACUGCCCUUCUCUCUUCUCCCCACUUCUCUCUUUCCAAAGGCAUCCUUUCCAUUGCUAACUGCAGGUGGAUCCUCACUUCCCCUUUUUUAAGGGGCUGAGGGGAAGCCAGCAGCAGGCAAGGUGGGGGGUGACCUCCCAGACCAAGUGGGAAAAGAAGCAUCACGAUGGUUUAAUUGGUAUUCUAAGGCCAGUUCUUGCCCUGCUUGGGGUUUUGAACCAGGAUCCAUCAUUUCGCUGUAUAGCAGAGCACAGGCACCAGGACCAACCUCAUUCCUUUGUCCCAGUGCCUCUUCAUUAUGAAGGUCCCUUUGAUGUCCACAUAUUUCCUAACCUUAAUAAAAGGCUAUAAUAAUG